CAGUUUGUCGCCCAGUUGAAGGCCAAGCGGCAAAUGCAGCAGGAGAUACAGCAUUCAGCUCCCACCGGACCCCUCAUCGGUCCCCAGAUGCCGACCCCCAUGGAGACCGGUGGUGGCGGUGCCUCCGCAGAGGACGUGGUACCGCCGAGCCCAGAUGCUUGA